GUGUCAUGUAACCAACCAACACAGGCCUUAGUGCAAGUGCGAGUAUUUUUCUGUGGAACAAUUUUAGUCAUUCGCGGCGCGGCAUCAAGAAGAGCUUAGUGGUCUCUCGAUUCGAGUAGAGUUAGUGCGGAGUGAGUUAUCGAACGGUUCGCUAGCAAAAUGGCGUCAAUACUGCGAAAAUCCGGCCUACUGCUGACCGAUUUGGCUGCCAAAUCAUCGCCUAGGAUUCUGGGAAGCGCUGGACAGCGGCGUCAUUUGAACGUGCAGGAGCAUGUGUCCUACACUUUCCUGAACGAGGCAGGAAUUCCGACACCCAAAUUCGGUGUGGCAAAUUCUGCCCAGGAUGCGGAGAAGAUUGCCAAGGGCCUCAACACCAAGAAUCUGGUCCUGAAGGCACAGGUACUGGCCGGUGGCCGUGGAAAGGGUACCUUCAAGAAUGGUCUCAAGGGUGGUGUGCGAGUCGUUUUCUCGCCACAGGAAGCCCGGGACAUUUCCGGCAAGAUGAUCAAGCAGCUGCUGGUGACCAAGCAAACCGGUGCUGCCGGUCGUAUUUGCAACUCGGUCAUGGUGGCCGAACGCAAAUUCCCCCGUCGUGAGUUCUACUUUGCAGUCAUGAUGGAGCGUGCAUUCAACGGUCCAGUUUUGAUUGCCUCCUCUCAGGGUGGAGUCAACAUCGAAGAGGUAGCUGCCGAAAAUCCGGAUGCCAUCGUAUACGAACCCAUCGACAUCAAGGCCGGUUUGCAGAAGGCCCAGGCUCUGGCGAUUGCCAAGAAAGUCGGCCUGGAAGAUCACGCCGAAGAGACAGCCAAAAUGCUGCUCAACAUGUACGACCUUUUCGUCAAGAAGGAUGCACUGCUGAUCGAAAUCAAUCCCUAUGCCGAGGAUGCUGGAGAAACUUCCUCACAGUACUUUGCGCUGGACGCCAAGAUGCGUUUCGACGACAACGCUGAAUUCCGUCAGAAGGAUCUGUUCGCCAAGCGGGAUCUGUCCCAGGAGGACAGCAAGGAAGUCGAGGCCUCCAAGUUCGACCUGAACUACAUUGCCCUGGACGGGUCGAUCGGAUGUUUGGUCAACGGUGCCGGCUUGGCCAUGGCCACAAUGGACAUCAUCAAGCUGCACGGUGGUGAUCCAGCCAAUUUCCUCGAUGUGGGUGGCGGUGCCAGCGUUAAGGCCGUCAAGGAAGCCUUCAGGAUCAUCACGUCCGACCCGAAAGUGCACGCCAUUCUGGUCAACAUCUUUGGAGGUAUUAUGCGAUGCGACGUCAUCGCCGAGGGUAUUAUUCAGGCAACGAAGGAGCUCAACAUCAAGAUGCCAAUCAUCGUGAGAUUGCAGGGAACCAACGUCAACGAAGCGAAGGAACUCAUCAAGAAGUCCAAGCUGCGCAUUCUUCCCAAGGACGAUCUGGACGAAGCCGCCAUGCUGUCCGUCCAUCUCGCCCAGAUCGUUCACCUGGCCCGGGAGGCCCAUCUUGACGUGAGCUUCGAACUGCCCGACAGUUACAUUCAGUAAAAACGGAAUUCUCUAGUGUUGUAGUCUGAACAAAAGAAAAAAAAACUAAUAGCGUAAUUUAUUUACUAAAAACCACUCUGGACGUCAACUGUUGUGGAUUAUUUCGUAUCCCAAAGUCAUUGAAAAUCGAAAACGAUUGAAUUUACCUAAACCUUGGCAGAGUGCAAGACCCUGUGUUCGAGUUGCGAGCUGAGCACAGCGUAGUUGAUAUCUCAAAUAUGUAGUUAGUUUUAUUCGUGCCUCGUAUGAUUAAUUUAUUUUUUCUAGAGCAACAACCCCUUAAACAUGUUACGUUUGUUUCAGUUAGCUAGUUAUUUAGUUGAAGGUUUCGUUCAUUAAGGUGCGUUUAACGAACAGAUUACCGAACAGCUAUUCUACCGUCUGGUAAUUCGGUUAUUAUCAGAACUAAAAGCUAAAACAACUCAAAGUAGAAUUACGGGCCCUAUUCCGGAUUUCACUCACGGUGACAAAUAGGUGAAGUGAUCACUUUCCUAUUACGGAUAUCACCUAAGUGAGAAAAUGUGGAGAAGUUCAUCGCAAGUUAUCGCGCGCAUGAACACGAGCUAUUACGAAUGGCACGCUACCCGGCGAAGAUCGACAAAAGCAAUCACUUGAAGUGGAAACUUUUCACCGCCGUUCGGGUAGGUGAAGAGUUGUCACGUAAAAAAGACCAAGUUUAAAACAGCAUUUUUUAUGCUUUUUGUUUAACAAAUAUUAUUUUUUUGUUAUUCGUGGAAGCAGAACACUAUAUUUAGUUCCGAUUUGCUGUUAAAAAGUAAUGUAUUGGCCUUUAUUUUUUUGUGGGAAAGUGAGGCAAGAAUCGAAUAAAACAUUUUUUUCCGUUCGCUAUACGGAAAGGAAAGAAAGGUCAAUUCAAACGGGAGUCGCUGUAGAAAAUUUCUGCUUAUUGACAGAAAUCUCAUGAACAUUUUUGUAAUUGCAAAUUAGACAAUAGGUGUGGGCCUACACAUGUAAAAAAAAAAUGUAGCGGAAUAAUAAAUACGUACCAUCAGUGCACCAGUAUCCGCUCAUGUUCCAGUAGCCCGCUCACACUGAAAAAAGAUAAGUUUACACAAAGUAAAUUUGAAAACUUUAGCCGCUAUACGGUUCAAAUCGACAAAUUGAAUCACACUGUGGGUAUUUUUUUGUGUAUUUACUCAAAUUACUCUACUUUUUCAACUCGUAAGCGGGCUACUGGAACAUGAGCGGAUACUGGUACGUUGACGGUAGUUGGAGCUACUGGAGGAGGCUCAAAAACAUAAAUUGUUUCAUUGUUAACCUCAAAUUUCUUGACCGAAAGGAUCAUGAUAUUUUCAACAAAGAGCUAUAUUUCAAUUUACAUUUCUUCUCAACUGGGUACUGCCAUUAAAGAAAAAUUAAAUCAUUGAACAAUUCUGAAUAGAUUUGAAUUUCACCCGCAUCGAGAUAAGCGAUUACUUCAGCCUUUUUUCAAUAAACUCUCAGAUAAAAAGUUUAUUGAAAAAAAGGACUACAACGAAUCAUUGUAUAUGAAAAUCGAAAGAUGUGGAUUUUAUCUCUUCUGUCCAACUCUUAAAAAGUCUCUGAUUUUAAAUGAUAAAAUUAGCAUAGUUUUAGUUGUUGUUUACAAAGUAUUGAGCUAGAUCUUCUGCCGAUAAGCGCUCCGUACUUUAAAAAGAACAUUUAAUAUUUUAAACGUGAUAGACAAUUAAAAGCUGAUAAAUUGAUCUAUCUCGAAAUGUAUUCAAGAUUCCCUAUAAUUGAAGUCCUGUUUCCGUUCACCACUAUUUAAAAGACAUUAAAGUAUUUAGUAGUCGACAAAACCCUUUUUCUAAUUCUCUACCAAACCAGUAAAUCCUUGCCUAUGAAAUUCAAAAGGCAUCCCACGCUUGUAGGAACACAAAUGCAAUUCUUGUUAGACCUAUAUCAUGUUCUACAUAAUCAAUUAAAACUGUUAAGUCAUUCGAAUUAUUGAUUAUAAUUUGGAUAAUCUGAUGGAAAUUUAAUAGUUCAUAUCCGCGCGAAAGUUUCAAAUCUACUUUCAAAAUCGCACCAAACAAACCUGUAUUUUAAUCUUUAUGUAAUUAUCGAUACAUUGAUUCAAAAUUGAACAAUUCUAAUCAGGCAAAUAAUAAACGAAUACAUUUCUAUUACCUUAUCAUGUUCAAAAACCAUUCAAAGCAACUAGUGACUGUUUGUGGCAUCUCACUAUAAAAAAAGCUAUUAUGAAUACCACUUCACUGCAGUUGUCACUCCACUGAGUUCAUUUUCAAUCACUUCACCGUCCGUGACAACGGGAAUAGAGCAAAACAAGUGAAGUGACUGGAAGGUGAAGUGUAAGUGAGCGUGAAAGUGAUAUUCAGAAUAGGGCCCUACGUGUACUGCACCGCUGAAGUACAGCCCCUUACAUAGAAACAUAAACUGCACACAACUAUCUAUCAUCAAUGUUAUAUUACAUACCUAAAAAAGCAAGUAUAGAAUAUUCAAAUAAACUAUAAGUAGAUUGGCACAACAUAAUUUUCCUACAUAUUGAACGAUACAAAAUCAAACUUUUUGGUGCAAUGAUCCCAAUCAAUCGAAAUUACGAAUUGACUGCUCGUUUUCAUUAAUAUUUUGUACCAUCACUUGGGAAAGCAGUACACACGAACGAUGCGUGAUUUACUGGUGCGAUCGAUUGCAUAUUGGGCUCCUAGCGAUAUUGGAAGCUUGCGUAUACACUGUGUUUUUUGAAGAGUUGUAUACUUAUUUGACUAAGCAACUGUGAGCAUUAUUGAUAUCGUCUUAAAAAUGAAAUAAACGAAACAAUAAAAUUUAAA